UCCGCGCAGCGUCUCUAGUCACCACGCAGCUCUCCACGCUCCUUGCCCAUCCCAGGUCCAAUUUCCUAGCACUUUGGGCAUUGUUAACGAGAUUUCCUCACUCUACCGGUCCCCAGCAACUUGGGUAGGCGCCUAGGCGCACAGCCGGGAGCUCGCGCACCGCACCUCACCCCUCCCGUUUCCCCGGUGUGUGAUAACCCGGGGAGGGGGGGGGCGGGCCCAGCUCUGGGCCUCCCUGAAGUCACCAUGCGAUAGCCAAUCCGAGGUGUCUAAGUGGGCGGGGGACUCCGUGUGGUCCCGGGACCAGAAUCCAGAGGAGAAGAUGGGGACCCAGAACUUGAGGGGGGAGGGGAAAAGCCAUGGGGCACCCCCAAACCCCUUUCUCGAGUUCGAGCUCUAUGCCAGAAGAGGCUCAGAGAGACAUUUUCCCUGGGAUCUGAAGUAUGGGGGUGGCUUGCUUGGGGUGAGGGGGCUCAUCUGCCUCAGUUCUGGAAACUUUGAAAGGUGUUGGCAUUGAGAGUAGAAGGCGUGUAGGGCCAUGACCUAGACCCUGUGGCCUGGCACCGGCUGCAAUGACCUCUUUACCCUGUCCCCUUCCUGGCCGCGUUGUCUUCCCGGACCUCGCCCCCGCCCGGUCGGUAGUGGCUGUCUACCCGCUUGGCCUGUCCUCCGAAACCGCAGCUUCCCAUUUGUCCUACUCCCAGCCUGAUGGCCACCUCCUGUCCUAUUCCUACCUUGGGCCAGCAACUUCAGGAGACUCCUACCUGCCCACCCAACUCCCGGCGGCGCCGGCUCAGUCCUUCCAUCGGUCAGCUGAACGUCCUCAGGAACUCGAAGCAGAAUUAGAGAAACCAGUGCUGUCCCUGGAGCCCUCCAAGUCUGUCUCCCAUUCUCAACCCUUGAACAACUCUUCUAUUCGGUCCUCUUUCUUCCCAAAGGUAAAGAUCUGGUUUCAGAACAAACGCUUCAAACACAAGAAGCUCCUCAAAAAGAACUGUGGGGAUCAGGAAGAAGACUUCUCUAGGAGACGCCCCUCCAUCUCCCUGCUCUCCGAUCUUCCAUCCAUCUGGGAUCUCCCCCAGGCAGUUCCCCUGCCCACCAAUGGCUGUGACAAUGGCUUUAGAGCCUGGCCUCAGCAUCAUUCCUCGGAAGUGCUGUUCCUGCCUCACAUGAUGUGAGUCUGGAGAAGGGCUGGUCAGGCUCCAGUCCUCCUGUCAAGCCCAGAACCAGCUCACCUGCCCCCCUUCUGGGAGGAGAGGAAACCAGCUCCAGAUGGAUUUUCUCAAGACAAGAAGCAAAAGGAGGAAAAAGAAGGGAGUGGGAGUCUGGUUCUCCAAGCCAGAUAGCUGAAUCAAAGGCUUUAAUCUUAGCAACCGUCCUCAGUGGGACAAAGGAUUUAGAGAGAGCUUCACUGGCUAGAGUUUAGACUGCUAUAGUCUUACCACUCUUUCCCCCUUCAAAUGACUGAAGCCCCACCACAGCCUAGGAUCUAAGCCAGGAAGAAAACAAAUAUUGUUUCUGGUGGGCACAUUGGGCCCUACCAGGCCAUCCAUGAACAAAACCGGAAGUGAAUACAGCCUCUGUUGGUGGCCACCAUCAAGUCCCUGCUUUUCAUCCACCAGUUAUCAGCCCAUCACCUCCCUAACUGGAGGUGGGGUCCAAUGGUAGAGUAAGUGCUCAACAUGCAAGAGGCCCCAGCACCAAAACAAAAUAUGGAGUGUAGGACCAUGGGCAAUUUGUGCUUCUCUCAUUUAAAAGGCCCUCUACCCCCAUAUCUACCCAUUUUGAGCUGACAAGUCCUGGGCUUAAUCCUCCAUAUAAUUCAACAGGUAUGAAGAGCAUAGGCUCCUCCAUCCCUGAUCCCUAACAAGUCCACCUGCACACAUUCUUGGAAACCUAGAAUGAGAAAUGGGACAAACAGGCUCUUUGGAUCAAUGCAGAUAUUGCUGCCUCCAAAUAAUGGGGCAAAUGUGCUGGGCGGUGGUGGCGCACGCCUUUAACCCGAGCACUCUGGAGGCAGAGGCAGGCCGAUCCCUGUGAGUUCAAGGCCAGCCUGGUCUACAGAGCGAAUUCCAGGAAAGCCAGGGCUGUUACACAGAGAAACCCUGUCUUGAAAAACCAAAAUAAUAAUAAUAACAACAACAACAACAACAGGGUAGGCUUGGCACUUCAGCUCCUCACAGUUGCUUCUGUCCAAGAAUCUGCUCCAGUUCACCAUUAUCUGUCCAGCGUCCCCAGGCACUUGUCAUCUCUCAAACCACAAGCUUCAGAGAUUAAAAUGUAUACAAAA